AUGUUUCUCAUGCCUGACGGCAUUGCCGUCAAUCUGAGAUUAUGGGCUCGUGGCUCCAAAAAGGCGGUUGUUGAUAACGGUGUUACAAUGACAGAUCCCCCCGUGAAGCUUCAGUCCAUUGACUACGGCAUCGGGGCGACGCCAUCAGAAGAGGGGUUUGAUCCCAUCAAGGCUGCCAUGGUCAGGUUCUUCACCGUCGCCCAGAUCGUAUACAUCCUUACCACUGGUAUCUCGAAGCUCGGUGCAGCAUUGGUCCUUCUCCGAGUCGCCGAUAAAUACGGCAUGCGAUCUGUAUGA